CCACCACAUCUUCCAUUGCUCCCCACCAACUCCGCCCUCCGCCAUGGCCUUUCCACAAUCCCUCUUCCGGUGGGUUGUCCCCGGCGCCGCCGCCGCAGCCCUCAUUCAGGCCUCCAUCUACGACGUCAAGGGUGGCACCCGCGCUGUCAUCUUCGACCGAUUGUCUGGUGUGAAGGAGACUGUUGUGAACGAGGGCACACAUUUCCUGGUUCCGUGGCUGCAGCGGAGUAUUAUCUUCGACGUGCGGACUAGGCCGAGGAAUAUCUCGACGACGACGGGGAGUAAGGAUUUGCAGAUGGUGACUUUGACUUUGAGGGUGUUGCAUCGGCCGGAGGUGAAGAUGUUGCCGAAGAUUUAUCAGAACCUCGGCCUCGACUACGAUGAGCGCGUCCUCCCCUCAAUCGGCAACGAAGUCCUCAAAGCCAUCGUCGCCCAAUUCGACGCCGCCGAGCUCAUCACCCAACGAGAAGCCGUCUCGAACCGCAUCCGAACUGACCUCCUCAAGCGCGCAAACGAAUUCAAUAUCGCCCUCGAAGACGUCUCCAUCACACACAUGACCUUCGGCAAGGAGUUCACGAAAGCCGUCGAGGAGAAGCAAAUCGCGCAGCAAGAGGCUGAACGCGCCCGGUUCGUCGUCGAGAAGGCCGAGCAGGAGAGACAGGCGAAUGUUAUUCGUGCGGAGGGCGAAGCUGAGGCUGCGGAUACGAUUAGUAAGGCGGUUGCGAAGAGUGGGGAUGGGUUAAUUUUGAUCAGGAGGAUUGAGACGCAGAAGGAUAUCGCACAGAUGUUGUCGAGGAACCCGAAUGUCUCGUAUCUACCCGGUGGGGGUGCUGCUGGAGACGGCGGAAAGAGUGGAAACUUUCUUUUGGGCUUGAGGGGUUGAAAGAAUAAGCGCGCUUUAGGUUGAAAGUGGGCGAAAAUGCAUAGUCGGUUGGCACCAAUAUAGUACUGUAUAAUAUGUACUGUGAGCCUAUGAGGUUUUCCUUGCACCGUAUGGAAUCAGUCUCCUCUUGUCUCUACUUCGACAUUUCCUACAGUGCCUACGCUCUUUUUUUUCACGUCCCGGAAAUCUAAGCCACCAUUUCUCCCUCAAAAUUUU